AAAUCAGAUGCUAAAUAGCCCCUAGAGCCCAGUAGCUGUUAUGAAAGCAGAGGAAUGGUAGCCACCUCCCCAUUGGCCGGGGGACUUACCCAGAUGUCUGGCUUUCACAUAAAAGACAGGAAGCACUGAAGUCAGUCUCCACUUCCACUCAAAGGGCAAAAGCAAAAACAGCAAAAAAGGAAGAUGGCAAGACUAUUGUUACUUUUCCUCGCAGGUCUUGUGGCCAUAUGUGCCGUGCAUGGAAUAUUUAUGGACAGACUUGCUUCCAGGAAGCUGUGUGCAGAUGACGAGUGUGUCUAUACUAUUUCUCUGGCCCGAGCUCAAGAAGAUUACAGUGCCCCAGACUGUAGAUUCAUUAACGUUAAAAAAGGGCAGUGGAUCUAUGUUUACUCAAAGCUGGUAAAAGAAAAUGAAGCUGGAGAAUUUUGGGCUGGCAGUGUUUAUGGCGAUCAACCUGAGGACGAGAUGGGAACUGUGGGUUAUUUCCCCAGCAACUUGGUCCAGGAGCAACAUGUGUACCAAGAAGCCACCAAGGAAGUUCCCACCACGGAUAUUGACUUCUUCUGCGAGUAAGAAGUUAGACAAAUUUGCAGAUAGACAGGAAACACCAAAAACAAAGAAAAAAGCAAAAAUAACCAAAAAA